AUACACACAUACAGAGGCACGUUUGUAUGGGAGUGCAUCUCCAUUAUUAUCCAUAGAAAAUGGGUGGGAUUGGAAGCCAUGUCAAUGCCGUCCUCCUCUUUGCUCUUGCUGCACUGCUGAUCUUCCAAGUUCAUGCAGAUUACAUGAUGUACUUGACGAACAACCUCGGACCGGGAAAGGAUCUGACCGCCCAUUGCCGAAAUGAUAACAUACGCGCCGGCAUAAGGGAUCUGGGCACUCAUGUGCUAAAGUUCUCCCAAAACUUCACCUGGGUGUCGCCGCUCGAUCCAUGGCAAAACACGACAUACUGGUGUGAUAUGACGAAACCGAAUAGCGCCCGGGCCACCUUCAAUAUAUACAACGAGACGAGGGAUUUUGUACUGUGCACAGGUGCGGAAUGCUACUGGAGGGUCGAUGAAGAUGCAAUCUACAUCCACGACAACCUGCAUAAACACUGGGUGCUCCAAUAUCAUUGGCCGCAGUAAUUUGUGUUGCGGGAAAUUGACAUGAUGCAUCUGCUGCUCCAAUGUCGUAAGCGAUGUGGAUUUCUAGCCAGAAAACGCAACCAAGGACGAUGAUGUCCAGUUAGGAAGUACAAGAAUAAUAGUGUUCCAUGCGCCGUACAUCAUAUGUGAUCAUUUCUUAAAAGUAAAUUAUUCACAUUUUGUGAGUUGA